UAAUUUAUGUUUAAGUUUAGAAAAACCCCACGAAAAAUGAACAUAGAUAACAUAGAUACAAAUCCUUUCAUAACGAUCGAUCGCUAGUCGUUUAUCCAGUCGAGUAGCAUAAGGUGAAAUGAAUUUCUUAAUGUUAUACACCACUAGUUGAAAGAACAGUGGUAGUUUUUUGACCGGAGAGCAGUAGCUUCCUUUAAUGGGCCCAUCCGGCCCAACAAGGAAAUUUCUGGGUCGGAGAGAGCCUCUAGACAAAACAGAGGCUCGGCCCUGCUUUUGUUGCGGAUUGAGAGAGAGAGAGAGAGAGAUCCGAUUCUGAUCAGAGAUUUGUAGAUUGUUCGAAGAAGAUGAACACUGACAUCACUGCCUUGGAGAAGCCCCAGUACCCCGUCGUUGAUCGGAAUCCUCCAUUCACAAAAGUCGUCGGAAACUUCAGCGUCCUCGAUUACCUCCGUUUCUCCACCAUCACCGGCGUUUCCGUCACCGUCGGCUAUCUAUCAGGGAUUAAGCCUGGUAUCAAGGGACCGUCAAUGGUGACGGGAGGACUGAUCGGACUCAUGGGUGGGUUCAUGUAUGCGUAUCAGAACUCGGCGGGGAGGCUCAUGGGUUUCUUCCCUAACGAGGGCGAGGUCGCUAGCUACCAGAAGCGUGGUUGGUUCCCCAAAUGAGUCUAGGGUUUUUGCUGGAUCUGGGUUCGAUUUCGAAAAGAAGUCUCUUUUUUUUUUAUUUGCUACUCCUUUUGUUUGAGGAUAAUGUUUGCCUCUGUUUGAGGAUAAUGUUUGCCUCUGUUUGUUAAAACCUUUUGGUAUCUUCUUUGUAGUGUAGUUUGUGUGCAAAUAUUGGUUUCAAGAGAUAUGUGUAUCAGUGUCAACGUUCCA